AUGUCUUCUCUCAUGAUGCAGCUACGUUAUGUAAUCUUCAUUAUCGUUGUGAUAAUGAGCACAUCGUCUCUGUGUGUAUUAGCUGUUAGUGGUGACUCUAUUCUUGAGAGUGAAACGGAAACUCUUACUGCUGAGGAUUCUAGUGGUUCCUGUAAUCCUGAUACCGAGCCUUCCUGUAAAAAUGAGAAACCGGCUCCUCCACUACCAACAGAAUUGAAUCCUGGACAGUCUGAUCAGGAUUCUCGUCUUGAUGGACCUCCUGUGGAGCCUGGAGGUGCUCGUAGUGUUCAGCGAGGAGCUCCUGGAGUUGGUAUUGGUGGCGCUGAAGAAGGGAGGCAACUUGGAACGGAUAGUGAAGUUCUCUCCUCGCAGACUACCACUUUAAAUAGUGGCAGUGAUACUCAGUCUGACUUGAGACAAAAAGAAACACAGAUUCCUGCCACUCCGCCUUUACAAACCCCACAAGAUUCUCUAAAAGGAACGGGUGGUAAUCUACAGCAUGAGAACACUGAAAAGAACAGGCAAACUCCAGCUGGACAGGAUCACCCGAAUAACAACGGGGUGACUAGAGAGGAUGCACCUGCUGCUGGUACUGACGAUGCAGGAAGACCACAGGAACCGCAAAGUGGAUCACACCCCAAUUCUUCUACUGAACCCAUUACAACUGGUACUAACACUCCGGAGAAGACUACCGUGCAGGAACAGACAUCUAACACACAGGAAUCUCAAUCAACGAAUGGUACAGAAGACGCGGCAACAACAACUUCUGGCACUCCCACCAACACCAAUAAUGAUGAGGAAUCAACCACUACCACAACACUUCCUCCUGAACCCACAAACAACAAGAAGGGUGAUGCAGACAGCAGCAGUAGUAUCAGCAGUUCUGUGUGGGUGCGUGUGCCACUACUGAUUGUGGUUACACUGGCCUGUAUUCUUGUGUGUUGA